CGUUGAGGAAUAGCGGCCCCACCCCUUCCCGGAUCAAAGCCAGUUCUUCUUUUCGAAGUAGGAUCAUAUAUUCUUCUUCGUCUUAUAUAAGAAACGCAUAGGAUCCUACACGUUAGGCGGAUUCAGUUGAUCGAUUUUAUUGUUUAUGAAUCAGUGAUUUUGGCCUUAUCAUUAUUGCGGAUUCGAUUGGAUUCACCGGAAGGACCUUCUCGUAUUUUAGCAAUCGAAUAUUACUGGGAAAAUGGAGGAUAUAGUCGUGGGAUUACUGAUGAUGAUGCUUCUUUUAUGGUUAAUUCCGCUUUAUUUAUGGAAACGCCGUGUCGAUUCUCGCUCUCCCUAUCUGCACGAAGAAGAAACUCAGGCUUCAGAGUCUGCUCGCGAGUCAAGGCGAACGAAACAAGACCACUACGAUGAGAUUAGGAGGAAGAAGGAUGAGGAGCAUGAAGCUCGAGAGCGGAUGCUGGUUGGUUGAUCUAGAUUUUUCAUAUAAUUUAUCUAGGAAGAAGAAGAAGCCAAAGCUGGAAAAGCUGAGAAAGAAGCAGCUGCUGCCUUAGAGUUUGACAAGUGGAAAGGUGAAUUUUCA